AUGGUGGAGCACCAGCAUGCUUGUUACAACCCACUGCAGGAUGACUGGGUGCUGGUGUCAGCCCACCGGGUGAAGUGCCUUUGGCAGGGGCAGCUAGAGAAGCUACCCGAGGAUGUGCCCUGCUGGGACCCCAACAACCCCCUCUGCCCCUGGGCCACCUGGGCCAAUGACGAGGUACUGCCAGGCAUCCAGUAUGAGGGCACCUUUGUCUUCCCAAAUGACUUCCCGUCCCUCCCUGCUCUCUGUCCUUCCCCGGGUGACAGCGAUCACCCCUUGUUUCAAGCAGCAGCAGCCCAGGGCAUGUGCAAGGUGAUGUGCUUUCAACCCUGGUUGGAUCUGACACUGCCCCUCAUGUCUCUGGCAGAGAUCUGGGCCAUCAUCAAUGUGUGGGCAGAGCUGUUGGCCAAGCUGGGUGCCUCCUACCCCUGGGUGAAGAUCUUCGAGAACAAGGAAGCAAUGAUGGACUGCUCCAACCCACACCCCCACUGCCAGGUGUGCACCAGCAGCUUCCUCCUGAAUGAGGUGCGCCUGGAGGACCAGACCCAGUGGCAGCAGCUGAGCCAGCACAGCGUGCCCAUGCUGCUGGAGUAUGCUGAGCAGGAGGCUUGCUGGAAGGAGUGGCUGGUGGUGGAGAAUGUGGGCUGGCUAGUCAUGGUGCUGUACUGGGCCACCUGGCCCUUCCAGAUCCUGUUGCUGCCCGCUGCCACUCUGCCACCCCAGGACCUCUGCAAGGGCGAGAGGGACAGCCCGGCCUCCAUCAUGCAGAGGCUACUCAUCAAGUACAACCACCUCUUUGAAGUCUCCUUCCCGUAUUCCGUGGGCUGGCAUGGAGCCCCCACGGGCCUCUACCUGGAGGAGGACUGCAGGCACUGGCAGCUCCAUGCCCACUACUACCGCCCGCUGCUCUGUUCCGCCACCGCCUGCAAGUUCAUGGCGGGCUACAAGAUGCAGGCGCAGUGGGACCUCACUUGGAGCAGGCGAGCACGGCUGGAGGGGGGUGGUGGGGAGCCGUGGGGACCCAUGCCGGGCCGUCCCCAGGACUGGCCGCUGGUUGCCUCUCACACUGUGCCCCGAGGCAUGCUACAAGCAAAGAGCCAAGGAGACGUCAUGACAGGGAGCAGUGGAGCCAGACCUCGGCUCUGCUGUGUGAAGCCAGGGAGAGGAGUCACCUGA